AUGGAAAGCUCGACAGCGGCUGGAGAUGACUCCAGCUUGACCGUGGAUGUCGAUAGCCGAAAUGGGAUGUCCGCCCCACCACAAAUGGAGAACCCUGAGGAAUCCGCACUCUAUGAACAUUGGUCGAUCGAGGACAAUCGAGAGCGACCCCAGGUGGACGGAAAAGCGAGGAGAGCAAGUAGGCGGACGGGAAUGGAGCCGAGACAUUCGCAGAUAUUGGAAGAGGGGUAUAUGGAUAUGAGGCCGACGCACGCUAGAUAUUCACGAACAUCGAUGCCUCCUACGAUAGCACACCUAGGGCAGUCCCCCACCCAAUCCUCAGAGGACACGGCGGCGGCGAUUCCGCCUGAUAUACCAAGAGAACGCGCACGAACCUCACGACAUAUUCCGAUUUCGAAACCCUCCGCGCUAUUGUUCCAGCUCUACACCAUCUCCUACCUCAUCUUCUUCUCCAUCUUGGGCGUCCUGGCGCGUCUGGGGCUCGACUGGCUCACAUUCUACCCCGGAGCACCCGUCAUCACCCCAGUUCUCUGGGCGAACUUCACGGGGUGUCUCAUCAUGGGUUACCUGCAAGAAGAUCCGGCACUCUUCCAGAAACACCAUGCUACCAGCCACCCUUCGAGCGCUACCAACGCCGACCCCUCGCACCCGAAACCCCUCUCCACAAACACCCCCAACCCUCGCACCCACCUCACCCACAAGAAAACCAUCCCCCUCUACAUCGGCCUCACCGUCGGCUUCUGCGGCACCCUCACCUCCUUCAGCGCGUUCAUUCUCGACACCUUCCUCGCCCUCUCCAACGACCUCCCCCUCCCCAUCUCUCCCCCCACCACCCCUCCCUUCCCCCCUUCCCCCUCCCUCCCCCGCUACCCCGCCUACUCCCUUCUCUCCACCCUCUCCCUCCCCCUCCUCACACUCUCCAUCUCCCUCUCCGCCUUCUCCCUCGGCUCCCACCUCUCCCUCCUGCUCUCCCCCCACCUCCCCUCCCUCCCCCGCUCCUUCUGCCACCUCGACCGCCUUUUCCUCCUCCUCGCCCCCGCCGCCUGGCUCGCCUUUAUCCUCCUCUCCGCCCUCCCGCCCUCUCCCGCCUGGCGCCCCGUCACCCUCCCCGCGACUUUUGCUCCGCUCGGGUGUCUGCUACGCUACGCGCUAUCGCAGCGGCUGAACGGCGUGGCGGCGGGUUUCCCGCUUGGGACAUUCACGGCUAACGUGUUUGGGACGGCGGUCGCGGCGGUGGGGUUUGUGCUGGGGCGGAUGGAGUUGGCGGGGAGGGGUGUGGGUGGUGGGACGGCCGCGUGUGCGGUGCUCGGGGGGUUGGUGGAUGGGUUUGCGGGGGGGUGUAGUACGGUGAGUACGUGGGUAGCGGAGUUGAAGAGCUUGAGAAAGCGACAUGCAUAUGUUUAUGGAGGGGUGUCGGUUGGGGUGGCAUUAGGGGUUGCGGUUGCAGUGAUGGGUGGGGUUCGGUGGGGGGUUGGGUGGAGGGUGGCCUGCGGGGCGGAGCUGUAG